UGUCUUUUCCCUCUUUUCCCCUCUCGAUCUUCCCUUCUCUUCUCUUUCUCCCUCCGUUUUUCUUGUUACCUUUUUAUUAUAUCAUAGAUAUCAAUUCACACUAAACAUGUCAAAAUGAUUUCAAUUCUAGUCUACAGAUGAUUACUGUUACCAAUUAAUUUGAUUUUUGUGUUUAUAUUCUGAGUUCUUGCUUUAUUCUUGUCCAUUUUUUCCUUUGUUACCAGUUAAGGACAACAUUUGCUGUUUACAUUGAUCGACCAUUAACUGUUAUAUUUUUACCUUUCUUUCUCUAUUUUCAUGAGAUUUGCUUCUUCGUCUUUUGUUAUUGCUUUCCCUCUUGUUUAUUUCAUUCAAAAUUCGUUUUCUUUUUCAAGGUUCAUUCAUUUAGACCUGGAUUAAUUUUCACCAUGAUUACUCAAUAUGUGCUUACUUUGUUUGUGUGAUUCAAGCUCAAUUGGAUGACAAUAAUGUACAACAGUUUAUCUAUUUUAUCAUUAUGUGAAAAAGUGUCUACAUUUUUAAUUCAGCCAUGCUAUCUCUUGUAACUCUUAUUAAUCCUUACUCAUUAGUGGUCAAGCCUGUGUUUUCAGGGAAAUUGUUAUUAUCAUUGCUAUAUUUAUCGACAUUACUCUUAUCAGCUUUGAAUCUCUCCUCUUGACCAAAUCUGUGUUCAAAAUUGUAAAUCUUCGAGUGAUUCUUGAAAAAUUGAUUGAAUUUUCUACUAGUUGAGUAAUGCGAAAAAUGGCGAUCUUUUCAAAUGAAUUGUUUUGAAAAGAGUUUGAGGUGAAAAUUAUUUACAGUUUACAAGUUGUUUGUUGGACAAGCAACUGGUAAAGAUGCACCUUCACUUUGAAAAAAUUGAAAAGCCUCAUUCUUAUUCUGAUUGUAAUAUUUCGAGUCUCUCAUGGAUGGGCAAAGUUCCUGAUGGACUCUUACAGUCACAAGAUGAUGAUGGUUGGAAGCUCAACAGAACAAACUACUAUCAAGAUGGUUGGAUUGCGCUUGGUAAUAGUAGAGGAAUCGUUGGUGUUACUUAUACAACCUGUCGUUGUAGAAAGGCCCCAUCAUCUGAAUUGCCUCCUCGCACUAAUUACAAUCUUCGUGGUCAUAGAUCAGAAGUUACUCUGGUAAAAUGGAAUGAACCCUAUCAGAAAUUGGCUUCAUGUGAUUCAUCGGGAAUCAUAUUUGUUUGGAUAAAGUACGAAGGAAGAUGGUCAGUUGAAUUGAUUAAUGAUCGUAAUACUCAAGUCAUUGAUUUUGCUUGGUCCCAUGAUGGUCGAAUGGCUCUUAUUUGCUAUAUCGAUGGAUUUGUGCUUAUCGGUUCUGUUGCUGGCCAACGCUAUUGGUCAUCAAUGUUAAAUCUAGAGUCUUGCUCAACAACUUGUGGCAUUUGGACUCCUGAUGAUCAGCAAGUCAUCUUUGGUACUUCUAAUGGAAGUAUACUAGUGAUUGACAUUAAUGGAACAAUAAUUGCCCAAUUAUCUAUUCGAGAACACCAUUCAAUAACAUCAAUGGCUUGGUCAAGUGAAAAAUUCAAAAUGGAAGAUAUCGAUGAAGGUGAAAACAACGGUAAUAAUAAUGGUAAUAAUAAAACCAAUCAUAAUAACAAUUCCAAUUCAUCAUCAUCAAAUUCAGCAGCAGCAGCAACCUCUUCGUCGCCAUCUCCCUCUUCAUCUAAUCGAAACUAUAUUUUAUCAAUUUGUUUUGAUGAUGGAGUAUUAUAUUUACUUAAAAAUUAUGAUGACAUUUGCCCAAUAAUUAUCCGAACAAAUUUAAACACAAUCAAAAUGGAAUGGUCUAACAAAGGUGAUACUCUUGCUGUUGGUGGACAUACAAUUGAAAAUACGUAUACACCGUAUGAUGGCUAUAAUAAAGAUAACAAUAAUAAUAACAAAAGCAGUUCCAGUAGUCAAAGAGAUUAUGGUAAUCCAAGUAUUGCUGGUUUAAUGAAUCCUACGAAGUAUAUUAAUACCAUUAAACUUUAUAGUGAAUCAGGAAUAUUAAAAUAUCGCGUUAAUCUCGAAUAUACUGGUCACCCAAUCAGUUCAUUAACGUGGGGCCAUAGUGAUAAGCGUUUGUUCGUUGGUACAGGGCCAGUUCUAAAUAUUGCCUGGGUAACCAAGCGAGUUGCUUCUCUUCACCUUCUUUGUCGAUUGAGUAUCUACAAAAAACUGUCCAAUGAAUCUGCAGUUGAAUCUCUUCCAUUGCCUUCAACACUACAAAAUCUCGUGUCCAGUCUUUUUGGUCGGACAUUACGGUGCUAUCUUCCAGAUAAUCUCAAUUUGACUAAAUUUACUGUUAAUCCUCCUGCUAGUAAUACUCGACUUUAUUGUACCUUGAUUCGUCAUGAUGAAGAUAUACUCGGUAGCUCUUCAUCUUACGUUUUAUACCUGGAAUAUCUCGGUGGUUUAGUACCUAUCCUUAAGGGAAAAAGAACGAGUAAAAUAAGACCUGAGUUUGUAAUAUUUCACCCUCAAUCGAAAAAAUGUGAGGAAACUUUGUUGAAAAUCGAAGCAGGUGGAAACUAUAGUGACUCAGGAGGUGGUGGAAGAGGUAGAAAUAAAUCUGGAAUGCAAAAUACGCUUUAUUGGCAUUCAUCAUCGACUCCUGGAACUUCAGACAGUGAAAGUGAGGAACAUGUUACUGUAAGAACAAGAAGAAAGCGUCGUCAGCAUCGGAAUCGUCGAAAUCAUGAGGGUGAGGCUGAUCUAAAUGGACUUGCUCGACCACCAGCAAAUCAUGUGAAGCCAGAAAGCACCUAUACCGAUGCAAUGCCAGAAGAUGAGAAAUUAACUUUGAUAACAUCAAAUAUUUGGGGAACUAAAUUUAAAAUACUAGGAUUAGUUCCUUGGUUACCUUCGGAUCUUGGUUCAGUCGCUUAUAGAACAAGUUUACUCCAUUUACAACCUCGUCAAAUGACUUUGAAAAUUAAAGAGCUUGGAGGUCAAAGAGAAGGAGUAACUGGAGGGUUCAUUGUUGAGGGUUCAGACAGAGCAGUAACCAGUUCGGAAGAUGAAGACGAAGGUUCGGGUGGAGGUGGCAACUAUGAUGAUGGUUACUCUAUUCCGAUUGCUCCAAUGACGCCUAAAAAGACAUUUCGUGGCUCAUCUCAAUCAAAUUCAACUCAACAACAGUUCAAUAUUUCUAACUACAAUUAUAGAUCAGAUUCUUUAGAUACUGAUUAUGUUAAUCUGAUUUCCAAUUUAUCUGAAGAUUUGUUAACCCUUCAUGUUAAUGGUAGUUCAAAUGGUCAACAAUUAGUUAGUAUGGAAAUGAUUUCUGCACCUGCAAGUUCAACUUCUAUGUUUUACUCAUCACCAUUUAAUAGUCGAGCCUUAAUCAAAUCAGCCAAUUCCAAUAUCCAGCCAACUCCUACCUCAAACUCGAUAUCAACACAAACUAGUUUCCAAUCAUUGAGUGACAUUCUCAAUCCGCUAGUACAAAUGUCAACCGUCCCAAUGUCAAGUAGCUCGGAAAAUAAACUACAAGACUUGGAUCAAAGCCAUCUCAAUCCAACAGGAAAGUUUUCUUCUGAUUGUAACCCUGGCACAAGCGGAGCAUUUUCCAACUUUACUUCGAAUGAUAUCAUGCAAUCACCAGUUGAACACUCAAACACUACAAUUAGAUCACCCUCAAACACAGGAUUCAAAAAUUCCUCAUCCUUAUUAUCGCCAUCAUCAACAGCUGCAGCAUUCCCUUUGCCUAGUAACAGUAUUGGAUUGUCAUCGCCAAGAAGCCUUCGUUAUAAGUGUAUUAAUAGCGGUAAAUCUUGCCGUGAAUCUUCAUCUCGUAAAAUGUCAUCGCGAAAUGGUUAUGUCGACAAUGGUGUAAAAAAUCUUCCAUCAACCUGUGAUACAAAUACACCUUCAAAUUGUUACAAAUUAUCUUUAGAAACUGGUAGAUAUGGUCUUACAAAUGCACCUUAUUCAUCAUCACCAACAUCAUCUUCUCCAUCAUCUAAUUGGUUUUCAUCAUCUUACUUACUUCAGUAUACAAACCUUGCUUCAUCUCCAAGCUAUCCGGUAGCGGGUACAAAUUCUGGUGUUGAUAGUUGCCUGAUUGAAGGUAGACACAUACAUUCCUCUAGCACAAAUUAUGACAUGAAAUACAUUGACGAUACUGAAGUUGAUAAUGGUUUGAAUCAAGAUUUAUCGACUAAUUAUUGUCCUUCAUCUUCUACAUCGACAUUUGGUCGUUCACCUUCACUUUUCUAUCGGAAUCGCUCAUCAAUUGCUCAAUCUCAAUCAAACUCAUCGUCAACAUCGACAGCCUCUAAUCAUGGAUUACUCUUACAUCAACAACAAUCACAAAACAACCAACCAAAUGAAUAUAAUUUUACUCAGAGCAACAAUAAUAAUGCCAAUAGUAAUCAUUAUAAUAGAGAAAUUAUUGAUUUCACAAAUAUUCGAAGUGAUUCAGGGGAACCAAUUGCCUCUCAACGACGCUAUAUUUUAUCAACAUGCAAAAGGAAUAGUCUUGAAGAUGAAAGUGAUGAUGAAUUGACAGGAAAGCCUAGUUGCAUGUCACUCGACGAAGAUUGUGACGGCAAAGGAAUAACUCUUUCAUCGACAUUUUGUAAAUGUACUCAAGAAGAAGAUUGUAAAGAAAGUAAUGCCAACUCAGAAACAAGCCUUGAUUAUAGACAAGCGAUUAUCUCAUCACCAGUUCAUGUGAGAAGAAAAAAAGUGUUUCUCAACUUUGAUUCUGAAGAAUUGCUCAACAGUCUCAAUGAUUGUAACACAUUACUAACGGAAACUUACUCAAGAUUUAAUAGAGACGAAUCGAGAGGCAAUUUGACAGGUAAUGGAGGGCCACGAACAGGUCAUAGAGGUAGUUUACCUCAGGCUGUUGUAUCCAAUGAAGAUGGAAGAUUUUCUAAAAGUUUUCGAAGUGAAUUGUUGAACCGAAGCUUGCCAACGUCCCCUAUGCUUGGUACAAAGAAUCGGCGAAAAGCUCAAGGAAAAAGCAUCUUUUAUAGUCCAACAAUGUUCAGAAAAGUGAUGAAACAGAAAUUGAACUAUCUUGAUUGUAGUUCUGAAGAUGAUGCGAGUUCAGAUGACGAGUUUCGAAGUCAGGAUUUCCGAAAUUUGGGAAAUUUCCAAAAGUCGUGUAUUAAAAAGAAGAUGAAAGUUAAAAAACGAAGCAGCAGGAUUCAACCUGACGAACUAAGCAAUCAAAGAUAUACUGGUGGUAGAGAGUUCCUUCUUCAUAACAAAGCACCUCUUUGGAAUGAAGUAAGCCAAGUUUAUCAGCUGGACUUUGGUGGUAGAGUGACCCAAGAGUCGGCAAAAAAUUUCCAAAUUGAACAUCAAGGAAAACAGGUGAUGCAGUUUGGUCGCAUAGAUGAUAACGCAUAUACAUUGGAUUUCCAAUAUCCGUUCAGCGCAUUACAAGCAUUGGCAGUUGCAUUGGCGAAUGUAACUCAGAGAUUGAAGUGAAUAUCGAUGUGGACAUGGACCGUUGAUUUAUUGGUUUAUUGUGACGCGAAAAUUGUGCGAACAAUAGAAAUAAAUUGAAAAAAAAGAUUGAAAAUUAUACUGAUUUGAAUGAAACAAAAUGUAAAUAAACUAGCGAAGAUAAAUAACUUAUCCAAUGAAGGAAGUUAUUAUUGUAUUUAAUGUGGUUUCAAUUUUGAAAUGUAUGAAAAGUGAAAAGAAAUCAUUUGAUAGAUUAACUGACGGAAGGAAAUGAUAAAGAAAUUAAAUAGUUUUA